UCCCAAGCAUCUGCUCAGGUCUCUCAGCUGGGCAGAGCGAGAGGAAGGAGCUGCCGUUUCUUCUCCCCUGAGCUAUGUCAGCAGCCCUGGAGAAGUUCUGCGGCUCCGUCUUCUGGAAUGAUUCCUACCUUGCUCGUCCGGAUGCUGACCUGCCUGUGUGCUUCCAGCAGACUGUGUUGGUCUGGGUACCCCUUGGCUUCUUCUGGAUUUUGGCCCCAUGGCAGCUCCUGCCCAUGUGCAAAUCCAGGGCCAAGAAAUCCUCUGUGACCAAACUCUACAUCAUCAAACAGGUGCUGGCUGUUCUGCUGAUGCUGACAGCAGUGGCGGGGUUGGCCCUGGCCUUUGUAGAGGAUGCUGAGCAGGAUGCUGUGCCAGCUGUCCAAUACACCAACCCCAGCCUGUACAUCGUCACCUGGAUCAUGGUCCUGCUGAUCCACGAUGCACGACGCUUCUGCUUGUGCAGAGAUUCAGGGGUGCUUUUCUGCUUCUGGACACUGUCCCUUCUCUGUGGGAUACUGCCAUUCCAGUCCCUCGUCCGGAAAGCCCUGCAGGAACCAAUCUCUGACCUGCCACGGUUUAUCCUUUUCUUCAUCUCCUACGGACUCCAACUGCUGCUCUUCCUUGUCUCAGGCUUCUCCGAUAUUGCCCCAGAAACAAAGGAAAUCACAAAGAAGAACCCAGAGGUGACAGCCUCCGUCCUGAGCUCCAUCACCUUCGAAUGGUACAGCAGCACUGUUUUCAAGGGCUAUCGCAAGCCUUUGGAGAUAGAGGAUGUCUGGGAAUUGCAAGACAAAGACAAGACAAAGGCUCUUUACACUGCUUUUGAGAAGAACAUGAAGACUUCGAUGCAGAAGGCCAGAGCAGAAAUGGAGAAACGGAAACGCAAGAAGAGACGCCGGGAAGGUGACCCAGACUAUGGGAACAGCAUGAGCAAGGCCCAGAGUCAAGACAUCCUGGUGCUGGAGGAGAAGCAGCCAAAGAAGAAGAAGAAGAAGAAGGGAGAUGACAAUCACUCAGGCCCUCCCAAGGAUUACCCCAAGGGCUGGUUGAUGAAAACCCUGGGCAAGACCUUCCAGCGGAAUCUCCUGCUAGCAGUGGCAUUCAAGUUGGUGCAUGAUGCACUUGUGUUUGUCAGCCCCCAGCUGCUGAAGCUGCUGAUUGCCUUUGUGUCAGAUGAGGAUUCCUUUGCCUGGCAAGGCUAUUUGUAUGCCAUCCUGCUGUUCCUGACGUCGCUGAUCCAGUCCCUCUGCCUGCAGCAGCACUUCAGCUUGUGCUUCCAGCUUGGCAUAAAUGUGCGAGCCAGUCUCAUUGCUGCCAUCUACAAGAAGUCGCUCACCAUGUCCGGAGCCACCCGCAAGGAAUCCACGGUGGGAGAGACUGUUAAUCUGAUGUCAGCUGAUGCCCAGAGGUUCAUGGACCUGGCCAACUUUAUUCACCAUCUGUGGUCAUCCCCCCUGCAAAUUAUCCUGUCCAUCAUCUUCCUCUGGGGAGAGCUGGGCCCCUCUGUCUUGGCUGGCAUUGCAACCAUGGUGCUGCUCCUCCCCAUAAAUGCGUUCCUGGUUGCCAAGGCCAAAACCAUUCAGGAGAGGAACAUGAAGAACAAGGAUGGACGCAUGAAAAUAAUGACUGAAAUCCUGAAUGGAAUCAAGAUCCUGAAGCUUUUUGCCUGGGAGCCCUCCUUUGAGAAGCGAGUUAAUGAGAUCCGGGCACUUGAGCUCAAGAACUUGGUGAACUUCGGUUACCUGCAGUCAGUGUCUGUCUUCGUGUUCACGUGUGCCCCCUCCCUGGUCUCCUUGGCAAGCUUUGGUGUCUAUGUGCUUGUGGAUGAGAGCAACAUCUUGGAUGCACAGAAGGCCUUUACUGCCAUCUCCCUUUUCAAUGUGCUGCGCUUCCCCAUGUCCACACUGCCCAUGGUCAUCUCCUCCCUGGUGCAGACCAACGUGUCAACUGCGAGGCUGGAGCGCUACCUGAGUGGAGAAGACCUGGACACCUCAGCAAUCCACCACAACCCCAUUGAAGGCAGUGCUGUGCAUUUCUCAGAGGCCACCUUUGCCUGGGAGCAGGAUGGCAACGCUGCCAUAAGAGAUGUCACCCUGGACAUCGCACCUGGGAGCCUGGUGGCUGUGGUGGGGGCUGUGGGCUCAGGCAAAUCUUCAUUGGUGUCAGCCAUGCUUGGGGAGAUGGAGAAUAUCAAGGGACACAUCAACAUCCAGGGCUCCCUGGCCUAUGUCCCCCAGCAGGCCUGGAUCCAGAAUGCCACACUGAAAGACAACAUCAUUUUCGGGUCAGAAGUGGACGAAGCCAGGUAUCAGCAGGUCAUCAAGGCCUGCGCUCUCCUUCCAGACCUGGAAUUGCUGCCUGCAGGUGACCAGACAGAGAUUGGAGAGAAGGGAAUCAACCUGAGUGGGGGCCAGAAGCAGCGGGUCAGCCUGGCCCGAGCGGUGUACAGCAAUGCAGACAUCUACGUCCUGGAUGAUCCGCUGUCUGCUGUGGAUGCCCACGUGGGCAAGUACCUCUUCCAGCACGUGCUGGGCCCAAAAGGGCUGCUGCAAAAGAAGACACGGAUCUUGGUGACGCACAGUGUCAGUUUCCUGCCCCAGGUUGAUAACAUCGUGGUGCUGGCAGCAGGAGCAGUGUCUGAGCAUGGCUCCUACAGCACCCUGCUUGCAAACAAGGGGGCCUUUUCCCAGUUCCUGAACUUGUAUGGAAAGCAGGAGGAGGAUGUUUCAGAGGAAAAUACUGCAGUUGUUGCUUUAGCUGGGGAUGAAGAGGAGGCUGAUGAAGAUAUUGAUCCUUGCAUGGAUGAGCGUCCUGAUGAUGUGGUGACUAUGACCCUGAAGCGAGAGGCCAGCAUCCAUCGGAGAAAACUGAGUCGCAGCCUUAGUAAAAAGAGCACCAGUUCCCAGAAGGCAGCCCAGGAGGAGCCCCCAAAGAAGCUGAAGGGACAGCAACUGAUUGAGAAAGAAGCUGUGGAAACUGGCAGGGUGAAGUUCUCUAUGUACCUGCGGUACCUGCAUGCUGUUGGCUUUUGCUUUUCCUUCUGGAUUGUCAUGGGCUACGUUGGACAAUACGUCUCCUACCUGGGAUCCAACCUGUGGCUCAGUGACUGGACGGACGAUUCGAAGCGCUAUGAGAACCAGACCUAUCCCCCUCAGCGGCGGGACCUGCGGAUCGGUGUCUUUGGGGCACUGGGGGUGGGACAAGCAAUCUUCCUGCUCUUCGCAACCAUGCUGUCUGUGCAGGGCACCAUGCGAGCCUCCCGCGUCAUGCACCAGCAGCUGCUCAGCAACAUCCUGCGCGCGCCCAUGAGCUUCUUCGACACCACCCCCACCGGCCGCAUCGUCAACAGGUUUGCCAGGGACAUCUUCACGGUAGAUGAGACCAUUCCCAUGUCCUUCCGCAGCUGGCUCUCCUGUUUCAUGGCCAUCAUUAGCACACUGAUUGUCAUCUGCCUGGCCACUCCAUUCUUCGCUGUCGUUAUCGUUCCCUUGAGCAUCUUCUACUAUUUUGUGCUGCGCUUUUAUGUCUCCACGUCACGCCAGCUAAGGCGUCUAGACUCUGUCACCAGGUCUCCCAUCUACUCCCACUUUGGUGAGACAGUGUCAGGCCUUUCUGUGAUCCGGGCCUAUGGACACCAAGAACGGUUCCUGAAGCAAAAUGAGAUCACCAUGGACAUAAAUCAGAAAAGUGUUUAUUCCUGGAUAAUAUCUAAUAGGUGGCUGGCCAUCCGUCUGGAGUUCGUUGGGAGCCUGGUGGUCUUCUUCUCUGCACUUCUGGCAGUAAUUGCAAAGGGCACUUUGGAGGGCGGCAUUGUGGGUCUUUCUGUCUCCUCCGCUCUCAAUGUGACCCAGACACUGAACUGGCUGGUGCGGACAUCUUCGGAGCUGGAGACAAACAUUGUGGCUGUGGAGCGGGUCCAUGAGUACAUGAAGGUGAAGAAUGAGGCUCCAUGGGUGACAAAAAAGCGUCCACCACGUGGCUGGCCCAGCAGAGGAGAGAUCCAGUUCAUUGAUUACAAAGUUCGCUACCGACCUGAACUGGACCUGGUUCUUCAGGGGAUCACCUGUAAUAUUGGGAGCACUGAGAAGGUUGGGGUUGUGGGCCGGACCGGGGCUGGAAAAUCCUCCCUCACCAACUGCCUGUUCCGGGUGCUGGAGGCGGCUGGAGGGAAGAUCAUCAUCGAUGAUGUGGACAUAGCAACAAUUGGCCUCCAUGACCUGCGCAACAACCUCACCAUUAUCCCCCAAGACCCCGUGCUCUUCACUGGAACCUUGAGGAUGAACCUGGACCCCUUUGACCAGUACUCAGACGAGGAGGUCUGGAAGGCCCUGGAGCUGGCUCACCUGAAGACAUAUGUGCAAGGCCUUCCUGAGGGGCUGCUGCAUCUCGUGAGCGAGGGAGGGGAGAACUUGAGUGUUGGGCAGAGGCAGCUGGUGUGCCUGGCCCGGGCCCUUCUCCGCAAAGCCAAGAUCCUCAUCCUGGAUGAAGCAACAGCAGCCGUAGAUCUGGAAACUGAUCAUUUAAUCCAGACAACAAUCCGGAGUGAGUUUGCCGACUGCACUGUCCUUACUAUCGCACAUCGCCUCCACACCAUCAUGGACAGCAACAGGGUGAUGGUGCUGCAUGCUGGGCAGAUUGUGGAAUUCGACAGCCCCGAGGAGCUGCUCGUGAAGCAGGGCGUCUUCUCUGCGAUGGCAAAGGACGCCGGCAUUGCCAUUACAGAAACCACGGCCCUGUAGGCAGUGCUGCAGGGGCUGGGGGUGUGAGACAGCUCCUCCUGCUGCCACUCACCCAGCAGGCACUGGUGUCUCCCACAGCCACGCUGCCCAGGAACUGUCCCCGCUGCAGCAGGGAAGCAAAGAGGGUGGCUUCUGUGCUUGCCCAGAACAAGCAUCUGGACUUGCGUGGGCUGUUAACCUUGCUACCACAUUAUGCCUGCCUGCACAUAAGGGUCUGAAGCUGCAUAACUUAUUCCAGGAUAGAGGGUAAAAGCUAUCUGCCAGGCAGGGAGAUCAUGACAUCCAGUGGGGGUGGUCUUAGUUUUUGUACUUCACCAUGCCAGGUGAAUCUACCUGAGAGAUACU